AUGCCUCGUUACCAGAUUGAAGGCUGUACCGUCCAGGAUGGUGCUGGGUUGGCUCGCAACAACAUGACGGCCUUCUGGACGGAUCCCACGUGGGUGCUUCUCUGGAAGAACAAGACUACGGAAUACGUUGUCCAGCAGUGCACCUUGCGGAUGCCCAAGAAUCUCUUAGACGACCGGGCUCACAAGCGGCACCAGAAGGUCGUCGACACCGAGACCGGCGAGGUGGUCGGCUACUGUCGAUGGCUCCUCCCUGACCGUCUGACUGGAGAGUGGCUCGAGGCUCAAACGCCUGUGGUCAGCAGAGCCGAGGAGAAAGAGUUCAGCAAGAGGUUUGACAGUGCGGACUGGAGCACGGCGCCGCUGGGUAACAUGGACGAUCCGGUCCACGUUACGAUGCAGAAAUACAAGGGUCUCAAAGAAUACAUGCAAAUUGAUUACCUAGCUGUCCGGCCGGAAUAUAGGGGCCAAGGCAUCGCUACGAUGUUGGUCGCAAGCGGCGUGGCCCAGUCGGAGAGGUUGGGCAUUGAUAUCUUCUUGAUGGCGUACAAGGCCGGGUUGGGGGUUUAUAAACGGCUGGGCUUCGAAAUGUUGGAAUAUUACAUCCAAGACGGUUCGCAAUGGGGUGGCAAGGGCGAGUACGGGACGUACUUUCUGGAGAGGACAGUAAAAACCAAGACUGAAGCCAACUGCGACUAG